AUGGCACCUCACUAUCGGCCACGCCAAGCCGUGAUCGUCUCCACCUCUCCUGCCACUCAGGAAGACACCAGCGCUUCCUCGACGUCGUCGCCCUCUUCGACAGCCGAAUGGAACUCGCUGCUGCUGUGGGCGCGCCGCGCGAGGGGACCGCAGUGGGACAGCUCGACGUCGAUCUGGCACGUCGACCGGGGCUCGCGCGAGUACUAUGCGUUUGCCGAUGAUGCGGCGCGCGGGACCAAGCUCAGCGUGCAGGGCAGCAGCAGCAGCGGCGGUGGCGCUGCUGCUAGGUCGGGUGGGGUGACCGCGGGGGAGGACGGCGCGGGGCCGGCAGCGACGGGCGCAACGGGAUCCGAAGAGGGCCGGGAUGAGGGGAAGCUGCGUGAGAGGGAGCGGGAGCGGGAGCGAGAAAGGGAUCGAGAGAGAGACGAAGCACAACGACGAAGGCUCGCGAGCAUCGGCGCAAGUCGGACCAACAGUGCAACGAACAGUCCCGCGCCGGCCACGGCUGCUGCCACGGGGCCUGGCGCCCUGGUCGGUGGGGCCAUCGGCGGUGCUAUGGCGGCACCGUUCGGCAGUGGGAUCAAUCCGUUGACGGGAAAGAGGGGCCGAGGAAGGCCGAGAAAGAUUGUGGUGAGGCCUGAAGACCAGCAGCAACAGCAGGUGCCGCCACAAGGACCACAACAUCUUGCGGGGCAGGUCGGUGCGGGUGCAGCAAAGGUGGAAGGACAGGGCGGCGCCCAGCAGGUGCCGCAACAGCAGCCUCAGCAACAAGUGCAACCACAGAGCGCGACCGCUGCAACUCCUGCGCCUGCUACGGCCCCCCGUGAGGAUGAAGAAGAGGACGAUGAAGAGGAAGAGGACGACGACGACGACGACGAUGGGGACGAUGACAACAAGGGAGGGUCAAGCUACAAAGGCAAAGGUAGCAAUGAAGACGAUGACGACGACAACGAUGACGAUGAUGACGAUGACGACGACGAUGAUGAUGACAAUCAGUCUCACACAAGGCGGGGAGGAAGUUCAGGAGAAGACAGCGAUGAUGGAACAGCAAAAAGAGGCCGCUUCCGUUAG